AUGAUUUGUAUAUUAAUUGGAAUUAGUGGUGCAUCCGGUAGUGGUAAAACAUCGUACUCUCAAUCAUUAGCCAAACGUUUAAAAUCACCGCUUAAACCAAUAUCUUUAGAUAAUUUUUGUUGUCAAAGUCCUCCUCAAACAUAUCAUCCAAAACUUGGUAAACUAUGGAAUUAUGAAACACCUGAAUCUUUAAAGUCAGAAGAAUUAUAUAAAUUACUAUCAUCAAUAAAACAAUGUCAGACAAUGGAAAAGUUAAUGAACUAUGCAAAAAAUAACCGCUACUUGGCAGCACAAAAUAGCGACAAUAAUGAUACAAAUUUUAUUUAUAUAGUUGUUGAAGGAUUUUUAUUAUUUGCUUUAACCGAUCCACUCACUCAUUUAUUCGAUAUUCGACUGUUUCUAGAUGCUGAAAAAGAAACAUGUUGUCGAAGAAGAUAUGUGAGAGAAUCUAAAAAUCAUUUAGACGUAAACGGAGAAGAAAUUAAUGAAUCAUUUAAGUUAUGGUUUGAUGAUCUUGUAUGGAAGCACUAUCUCGAACACAAAGAUCGACAGAAACAAGCUGCUCACCAGUCUAUUCAUGAACGAGAUUAUACAAAUUCGAAUUAUGCACAAAUAGAUGCAAUUGUAGAUGAUAAAAUAGCAAAAAUCAUUUACGAGAAUAUCAACAAAUGA